GCUGCACCUUAGUGAAGUCAACAAAGCUUGUCGGUCCACGAGAUGAAUUGUGCAGAGCGACUCAUGUCAAUAUCGGCCUGGAAAGACAACUUACCGCAAUGACCUAACAUUCUUUUGCUGAUUGCCACUACUCGCCUUCAUGCGAGCGUUCACCUCCGCAGCCGAUCCUAUCCCCGCAAGCUCGGAUGGCUUCAGAUCUUCAAAGUGGUACGACGCAGAGCCCGCUGCCUCGCGAGAAGCCGUGGCUACUCGAAUACAAUCGCCGUCUUAGACACCUUCACGGCCUUACUCUCCGCAACCUCUCUCUGAACCCGAAACUCUCACGUACCCGUCGCGCACCCAUUGAUGAUGAUGGUUUACCCUCGGCGCUGAAAUCUGCAUCCAAGGCCCUUGCCUUGCGCGAAAGUAGACCGCUAGAACACUACCACUCUGUUGCAGAUCUACGUGGUCCCGGGAGCUCGAAAGCCCCCCAGGAUGAAGUCACAAAAGAAGACAAGUCACCGCCCACGCGACCAAGCGCUACUAGAACGAGGAGAAGAAGUACGAUGGAAUGGUCAGGAGCUAGUCCAGUUGCUCGUCAGAAAAGAUUGGAAGACGUAACCGAAGGGAGAAUGGCAGAGACGUUCUUUUCGUUGCACGUUGAGACACAAGCUGACCCCAUCUAUGUCAGCGAAGUUGCCGGAAAAGCGAUGAAUCCCACGUUUCGAUAUUUCGAUCUCGACCCGUGCGGUCCCGCUGUAACGAGGCUAUGCGCCCUUACUGUCAAGAUAUGGGCGAAGAUGGACGGCGUGGCCGAAUAUGUCUUACUUAUCGAGUAUGACGUAGAUCUCCGUGCCCUCCAGUACAUUGGCAAAUCUCUCGAAACGUUCAGGCAGCCAUUCCCUCCAAACUGCAUUCUGUUCCACCUGACCGACGGUGUCUAUACAAGCUUCUUGGACAUUUCGACUCCGUUCAAGCUUCGCUCCCAGGCGAAAGACUCGUUAGAACGCGUGGCUGUCGGUGCGGCCACAUCGCCGUACGAUGCCCUCAUGCAACUUUCAACGCUUGAUGACUGUAUACAAGAUGCCAUCAAUACUCGCGAGCGAUUGGCUUCAGAGAUUGAGGACAUACUUCAACAGAACAAAGGCUCGGAAACGCUAAUUCGCCAGGUACCUGAAGUAGAGCUCCGCGUGAAGACGAUAGAGCAAGCAGUCAGUGCACAGAAGAAGCGAGUAGAGGCUGCAAAACGACAGAGAAAGGCACUCCAAGAAUCCAUCGAGUCCCGCCGCACUGCCAUAGCAACAGGCAGAGAGGCGCAGGAGACAGCGCAGGCCCAGAUUGAUGAGGCUCAAGAUGUCAUAAAGAAUGCGCGACUGCAGUUGACUAAAAUCCACGAGGAAUCCAAUGGUCAACGGCGCCGUAUCUGUGAGGAUCUAAUGCGAAUCUAUCCAAUCGAGCCGAUUAAAGAUCAGCCCCUUGCUUUCACGAUCCGGGGUCUGGCCUUACCGAAUUCCGAUUUCGAUAACGAUCAUAAGGAACAAGGGAUUGCUGCGGCUUUGGGACAUGUAGCCAAAGUUGUCUAUCAGCUGGCACUUUACAUGUCUGUUCCGUUGCCUUAUCCAAUCAAAGCCAGAGAAUCAACCUCAUGCGUGGAAGACCCCAUAUCUCAGACAAGCGGGCCAAGAACUUAUCCCCUUUUCUUAAAGGGUAGCGUUAGAUAUCGGUUCGAAUAUGGCGUGUUUUUACUGAACAAAGAUAUCGAGAUAUUGUCGAAUCGGCUCGGACUACGCUUACUGGACAUUCGGCAGACAUUACCCAAUCUCAAAUACCUUUUGUAUGUUGCGACAGCAGGACAGGGAGAGCUACCUGCCAGGAAAACAGGCGGUGUCCGAGGUCUGGUGCGUCAGAUUAGCACACCUGCAUCAGAUACUGAAAGUGUCUCAUCUACGUUGGUGAUAGACGGUGAGGGUCACAAGGAGCAUAAUAUGAAGUCGCGUGCCACGCAAAUGCUCAAACAGUCGCACCAGAACGGGAAAGCCGUUGGUAUGUCAAAGGAUGGACCCUCGCACUGAAGCUAUUACAUGGACCUUAGCUUAUCGACUACAUGGUCUAUUCGAACCAAGUUUUACAUUGAUAGCAC